AAGGACCAACAUCUGUCUCCGUCCUUCGAGAAGCGCCUAUGAGAAGAUCAACGAUCUCUGUCCGCUAAUCCUCUCUCGUGGAUUAAUUAUAUCAUGUCAUUCCGUCGGCGGGCUCUGACUGCGAAGUCACGAGGAAUGUUCUGUAUAGGAAGUUAAAUGACCAGCAGUGUGAACCGGGACGUUUGAUCGGAAAACUUAUAAAGGUGGCGUUACCAUGGUGAUGCCUGGUGAGAUGUAGUGUUGGUGUGACCUCUCUGCCCCCUCCAGACGACCCUGUGAUGUGGCCUUUCCGCUGCGACUUCCUGUCGCAAUACACACACCACCAUGUAGUGGUGUUCCUGCUCACUUUCUUCAGCUAUGUCCUGCUGCACUCCUCCAGGAAGACCUUCAGUAAUGUCAAAGUCAGCAUUUCCGCGCAGUGGACCCCUUCAGUCCUCAACAGCACUCUGCCACCAUACUCACCUGGAGAGACAUGGGAGGAGAAUCGUAUGUUCUCAGACCCUCAGGAGGCCACUCUGUUCCUCGGGGUGCUGGACACCAUCUUCCUGUUCUCCUACGCAGUGGGUCUGUACAUCAGUGGAGUGAUGGGGGAUCGCCUGAACCUGCGAUAUGUGCUGACAUUUGGUCUUUGUGGGUCAGCAGUUGUGGAGUUUGUGUUUGGGACCGUUACGGAGUGGAUGGCCUUCUAUAAUGUCUAUUUCUACUGUGGGCUGUGGGUGUGCAAUGGGCUGCUGCAGUCAGCUGUUUGGCCCUGUGUGGUCGCCGUCAUGGGCAAUUGGUUCGGCAAGUCAGGGCGAGGCUUCAUCUUUGGGCUCUGGAGUGCGUGUGCGUCUGUGGGCAACAUCCUGGGAGCCUUCCUGGCCUCUAGUGUCCUCGCAUAUGGAUAUGAGUAUGCAUUCCUCGUGACGUCGGCAGUGCAGUUUGCUGGAGGAGUGGUUGUUUUCUUCGGCCUACUCACCUCGCCAAAAGAAAUUGGGUUGAGUGUCGACUCUGAUACUGGUUUGCGGCCAGUGGAGAGGGACUCAGACAGCCAGCGUCCGCUGAUGAGUGAUGAAGAGGAGGAGGAGGAGGAGGAGGGGGGAGUGUGUGAGGACCCUCCCAGGGCCAUAGGAUUCCUACAGGCUUUCUGUCUGCCUGGGGUGAUUCCAUAUUCCCUGGCGUACGCGUGUCUGAAGCUGGUCAACUACUCUUUCUUCUUCUGGCUGCCGUUCUACUUGAGCAACAACUUCGGCUGGCCGGAGGUUCAGGCUGACCGCCUGUCUGUAUGGUACGAUGUGGGCGGCAUCAUAGGUAAGCAGCCGCGUGUGUCUGUGUCUGUGUGGUACGAUGUGGGCGGCAUCAUAGGUGGUACGGUCCAGGGUCUGAUUUCUGACAUGCUGGGGAAGAGGGCUCCUGUCAUUGCAGUCAGCCUCCUCGUAGCCAUGGGGGCGCUAGUGGGCUACAGCCGUUCUCCAGAUGAUAAGGUGGUGAAUGCAGCCCUGUUGGCUACUACAGGUUUCUUCAUCGGCGGGCCGUCCAACAUGAUCUCGUCGGCGAUCUCGGCGGAUCUGGGUCGGCAGGACGCGCUGCAGGGCAGCCAGGAGGCGCUGGCCACCGUCACCGGCAUCGUGGACGGAACCGGCAGCAUCGGGGCCGCAGCCGGACAGUAUCUGGUGUCUCUGAUUGAGAGCAAGCUGAACUGGAUGUGGGUGUUCUACUUCUUUGUGCUCAUGACAGGGGGCAGUGUGCUGUUCAUCUUUCCUCUAAUCGUGGGGGAGCUGCGCUCCAUGUGUCGAUACCGGCAGGCGCAGGCGAGCCAGCUGUGACGCUCCCGCACGCUACGGGUCGCUACGGUAACCCGGGAUGCAGCGGGUCUCUUGCAUUACCACUAAGGUGCCAACGCUGUGUGUUGGUGCGGAACAGUGAUUAAGUGUCUGCACUGCAGUGGAAAAUCACCAUCUGUCCUGUUACCUCUUCUGAAAAUCACCAUCUGUCCUGUUACCUCUUCUGUCCUGUUGCCUCUUCUGAAAAUCACCAUCUGUCCUGUUACCUCUUCUGUCCUGUUACCUCUUCUGAAAAUCAUCAUCUGUCCUGAUGCUCUUCUGUGGGGAGGUCUUUUAAUCUGAUUGUCUUCCGUUUGUAUCAGCAGCCCUCCACCAAUCACUGCGUACCCUCACAGCUCUCCACCAAUCACUGCGUACCCUCACAGCUUUGCCUGAUUCACUGGGAAUCUCACAAACAGUUAGCACCCACACCGUUAGCCCCUCACCCCCACAACUUUAUGUCCAACACCCUAAUGCCCAGCACUGUUAGCCCCACACUGUUAUGCCCAACACCCUAAUGCCCAACACCCUAAUGCCCAACAUUGUUAGCCCUACACCCUCACACCCUUAUGCCAACACCUACACCCUCACACCCUUAUGCCCCACACCCUAAUGCCCAACACCCGUAUGCCCAACAUUGUUAGCCCUACACCCUUACAUCCUCAUGCCCAACACCACUGGCCAUCUGACCACUUGUGCCACUACCCUAGAGGGCCACUAGAGGGCAGUCUCAUUGAACGUCUCACACACAUACACUACACAGUAGAUGGGAGCCGCAACCUCACUGGCAGGAUGUAGUCUACUUAGAACAGACUUCUGCUUGAUGUGAUCGAUUGUGUGCUAAUGAUGUGACCUCAUCGUACACACAUACACAUACACACACACACACUUACACUGCAGUAUAGACGCCCCUUACACAAAUAACUGCCUUCACACACACACACACACACACACUCAUCGCAGCCUCUCAGGAGGGUUUUAAAGGUUUUUGUACAAAUAACCAUCUCCUUUUGGUUUUAUUUUUUUAUGAAUGUUUAUGAAUGUUUUGUUAUAUUUGUGGCAAUGUAAAUAAAUUGAAUUGAAUGUGUCUAUGAUUAACAUCAUGCCAACUGCUGUGGGGACAUCAGACCUCAGGACUGCCCAGCCAUACCGCAGGACUCUACUGGGUUGGGGUUAGUGUGGAGUAGAGCGUUAAUACCGCAGGACUCUACUGGGUUGGGGUUAGAGUGUUGGAGUAGAGCGUUAAUACUGCUGGACUGUACUGGGUUGGGGUUAGAGUGGAGUAGAGCGUUAAUAUGCAGGACUUUACUGGGUUGGGGUUAGAGUGUUGGAGUAGAACGUCACUACGCAGGACUCUGCUGGGUUGGGGUUAGAGUGGAGUAAAGCGUUAAUACCGCAGGACUACUGGGUUGGGGUUAGAGUGGAGUAGAGGGAUACUGCUGCUAGUCUGGUGUGUCCUGCAGGGCUGCUGCUUGAUGUUUACUGUGGAAUGGUCUCCUGUUUGCACCCUACAGCAGUGUGAUGCUGUCAUGACCUGCUAGUUGUGCUUUUCUGUUUUUCAACAAGACAUUAUGUUUUUAUCAUCA